AUGGGGGCCCCGCGCAGGCAAUGGGGGCCCCGCUGGCUGGGGACCCUCCUGGCCGCCUGCCUGGCCUCCCUGCCGGCCACCGGCGCCUGUCCCCGGCCCUGCGCCUGCCACGGCCCCGCCGAGCUCCACUGCACCUUCCGCUACUUCAGCGCCGUGCCCCCGCGCAUCCCGCCCGACGUGCAGCGCAUCAACCUGGGCUACAACAGCCUGAGAAAGCUCAGCCCCACGGACUUUGCUGGCCUGGAGAAGCUGGAGUUACUGAUGCUGCACAGCAAUGAGAUCAGUGCCAUCCCUGAGAAGGUGUUCAGUGAUUUACGCUCGCUGCAGGUCUUAAAAAUGAGUUACAACAAGGUCAGAGUGCUUCAGCAGGAUGUAUUUUAUGGUCUGAACAGCUUGGUACGGCUGCAUAUGGACCACAAUCAAAUUGAAUUUGUGAAUCCCAAUGUUUUCUACGGGCUCACUUCCUUGAGGCUGGUCCACCUGGAUGGAAAUUUCCUUCAGCAGCUGCACCCAGACACUUUUGUCACCUUGCGCUAUAGCCAAAUAUUCAGAAUAUCCUUCCUGAAGCACAUCUCUCUGUCUGACAAUGCGCUGACUUCACUUCCACAAGAGAUGUUUUCCUACAUGUCAGAGCUCGAGAGCAUUUACCUCCAUGGAAACCCCUGGUCCUGCGACUGCAGCCUGCAGGGGUUUGCAGGGUGGGCACGGGAGAGACCAGAUGUUAUAAAGUGCAGAAAAGAGAGAAGUUCUGGUGUCCAGCAAUGCCCAGUCUGUGCUAGUCCCAAAACUCAUAAUGGGAAAAGUUUAGUGGAUCUCCCUUCUGCAUCUUUCACCUGCACUAAGCCAGUCAUCCAUGACUCCCUGAAAUCCAGAAACCUCUCGGUGCCAGACGAUGGGGACUUCAGCUUUGUGUCUCCCAAGGACUUGAUGGCUCCGAUAGGAUCUGUGGUUUUGAAUAUGACUGACCAGGCAGGAAAUCGAGGCAACUUGGUUUGCAAUGUCCAGAGCCCUAAAGAAAUGUCUCCCAUCUCAUUUGACCAAAGUGGCCCCAGCAGAGUGCUCAAAGCCUCGUUCUCAGCAUUCCUGGUGUGUGGUAUCGAUUAUGGGCACAUCCAGCAGCUGUGGAGCAUCCUGGCACUGUACAGCAGCUCUCCUUUGAAACUGGAGCAAACUGUGCGGGCAGCCGGGGAGCCUUCAUUCAGCUACAAAUACAAGCAGGUGUACAGCGAGAAAGAUGAGCUCUUCACCAGGAUCGAGGCAGAGCUGCGAGCGGAGCCAGCGUGGCUGCUGCAGAGGCAGGUGUCCCUGCAGCUGGACAGGACGGCCACCACGCUCAGCACGCUGCACCUCCGCUACACCGCCCAGGCCCGGGUGCCUCUGCCCAGCCAGGACAAGGAGCAGGGCAGACACGGCUGGGCCAUCAUUUCCAGGGACAACAGCACCCAAACGGAGCGUGCCGUGCUGGCGGGGGGCUCCGUGGAGCUGGGGUGCCGGGCGGCCGGGCAGCCAGCGCCUGCCGUGGAGUGGAUCCUGGCUGAUGGCAGCAAGGUGCGAGCUCCUCACGUCAGCGAGGAUGGGAGGAUCCUGGUCCUCAGGAGCGGCGUGCUGACACUGAGGACAGCUGACGUGUUCGACUCGGGCCUCUACCACUGCAUCAGCACCAACCACAAGGAUGCUGACGUGCUCACGUUCCGGAUUACUGUGGUGGAUCCUCACGUGGGACACAACGGUGUCAAUGGAGCCCAGGUGCCGGCGGCUCUCGGCAGCACGCUGCACCUCCCCUGCACAGCCACGGCUGCCCCAGACCCUGCCAUCACCUGGGUGCUACCUGAGCACACAAUUCUCCAUCAGUCUGCUGGAAACAAACACAUUUUUGCCAAUGGCACCUUGAGAAUACAAGGGGUGACGCAGCGGGACGUGGGCUACUUCCGAUGCUUGGCGGCCAACCGGUUCGGUGUUGAUCUUUUGGUCUUCCAAGUGCUGGUGAGACAGGAUGAAACCGCUCUGAAGAAAAAGCAUGGGGCUGUGGGAGACUGGGAAGAAGGCUCUGGCAAUGAGCUGCCACGCUCUGCUGCAGCACAGAGACGUCCCUCGGGCACUGCAGGCACCCGGAGGGCUCUCGGGGAACCUGCUGCACCAGCAGCCAGCAGCCAGAGCACACGUCCGAGGAACAGCCACGGGAAAACGCCUCCCUGGCCCCUCACAGACAGGACAGGCCGGCGCUUCAGGGCACACAGGAGACAGUUUGUUUCCUCAGGCAGGAGAGUUGAUCCACAGCGCUGGGCAGCCCUGCUGGAGAAAACAAAGAGGAACUCGACAGUGGCAGACAAACGAGGAGAAGCUGCAACAGAACCACCCAUUCAAGCCCACAAGCUCUCAGAGGUACCUGAGGAUGAGGAGGAGACAUCUGGUGAUCUCGUAUCUCCAGAAGAAGAAUUCAUGAUAGCAGCAACAGAGAGAUCCCCAGUAUCUGCUCUGGGCAGAGCAACAGAGCUCACGAUCACUGCAGGGCCCAAGGAAAAUGCAAAUCCCCCUCCUGCCCGAAGCACCUCCCUCCUGCUCACAGGGCCAGUAACUCCCCUAGCCUCACCUCUUCCACACCCUGGGGCGCCUGCCAGCAAAAGGCUGCAAACACUUCCAAAACCUACAGACUCAUGGGAAAGAUCUGUUUUGAGUCAAAUAUCAGCAAAUGAUGUAAAACAGCCAACUGUACCUAGUGGGACAGCCACACUCUUCCCCGAUGGGCAGAAGUCAAUAUAUUCUGGGGAAAGUGAUGACCAGCACCUAAAAUCUGCAUCCAUGACACCCAUGACAGAAGCUACAGGCACCAGCAAGGCUGUAACUCCCCAAAGCACAGCAGACAAGUUACAUAUUCUUACUGACUCCAUUGAUAAUGUCUCCACCAAAACAGUUCACCAGGUCCCUGUGGCGACAGUCAAUGCACCAAGCUCUGAAUUUGGCCCCAUUUAUUUUCAUAGUACUCAGAAAGGAGGAACCCCUAAUCCACCUGCCUCGACUUUCACUACUCAUCAGCAAAUUCAGGGCGUUCCAACUCAUCCACCCCAGCUCCAGCAGCACCACGGAAGACGAAGGAAAAUUUCUGGUCAGAGACGAAUUGUUAGACCAGGACGUGUCCCAGGAAUGAAAGAGCCCCGAUACAAUUUUGGGAGACCAGGGUCUGCCAGAGGAAGUACAGCUGUGGCUACAGGUGUCCAACUUAAUAUGAACUACGCAUCAAAUGUACCAAGCUCAAAUAACUCCAGCAGUUCCAUCAACCCAUUCAGCCCAGACACACCCCAGUCCUCCCCCUCCACCAUGAAAAUGCCAUUGGAGCACCCCGUGGGUACCCAUCAAAACACAGCUUUCCUCAGGGAAGAGGAAAAGAAACGUGGUGCAAGGCCAAAAGCUGCUGCCACAGUGGUGUCUGUCACUGCAGAGGACACUGCCACUCCUGCAGCCAGUGGAUUGGGUGUGAUGGGUUUGAAGCCCACAGUUACACUGGUUACUACUCCUCAAACCAGCGCCAGAGCCACCAAAAGCAAAAUACUCAGAGUGGGAGGAAGGAGAGGUCAGAGGAGGAAGAGGCCUCCUAAAACACCUGCACCACAGCGUGUGGCUGCAGCCCAGACUCCUACCUCACCAGCUGUGCCCCCAAGCCCUGCACCUGCAAACGCUCUCCCUGGGAGCAUCAGUGCAGGCUCCAGGACUGGAACAGCAGCACUGGGGGUCCCUGGGAGCCCCGAGGCCCCUCAGCCCGGGCCCAUGGCAGCCGUGCCAGCAGCAGCCCCGGGCACCUGCAGGAGCCCCCUGUCAGUAACAGCACUGCCUGGCAGUGGGGCUGCCCAGAGCCCCCCCAUGGCACCCCAAACCCCUCCGGGCUCACAGAGGAGCACCCGGCUGGCCACGGCACCUGCCCUGACCCCCACCGUGGGUGUCCAAACCUCACCAUGGCCGGAUGAGCACCCUGGUGCCACCGGUGCCCCACCUGCUGCCGGCAGUGCCACGCCGGGGCCAGGACCUGCCCAGCGCACCAGAGCCACUGCCGGGGCAGGAGAAAGGCCCCAGCUGGGUCCGGGGGAGGGCGCAGCUCAAGCUCAGCCCGCGCUCCCGGCCACAGCCCCCGCCGCGGUCACCGCUCCCAGCACCCGGCACCCCCGGCCCCUGCCAGCCCCCCGGGGGCACGGCCAGCCCCAGCUGCAGCCCAGGCCGCCUCCCGAGGGCUCCGAGAGGGGGAACACGCUGCAGGCACCGCAGGUCGCAGCUCCCUGGGGAGGGGACAAGGACGGCCCCGGCAGCGCCUCGUCUGACGGGCGGCACAAUGGAGACACCACCACCCUGCCCACUCCCAUCACCUUAGGAUCUGCAAGCAAAGAACAUUUUUCAAAGCCCAGGAUAGUCGGAGGAAAAGUGGCUGCUUUCACUGUGCUGGCAGAUUCUGAUGCUUUUAUUCCAUGUGAAGCUACUGGGAACCCCCCUCCAACAAUACAGUGGACCAAGAUACCAUCAGGGCGCGAUGCCCCGGUGGCUCACGGCGAUGCCCCGGGCCGCCGGUCGGUGCUGCCCAGCGGGACUCUGGCCAUCGCCCGGGCGGGGCCGCAGGACGCCGGGCAGUACCUGUGCACGGCUGCCAACGCUCUGGGCUCGGCCCGGCUGCUGGCCACGCUGGCCGUGCGGGCGCUGCCGCCGCGCAUCGCCGCCGCCCGCCCGCUGACCGCGCACUCCGGGGCGGCGGCGGCGCUGCCGUGCCGGGCCCGGGGCAGCCCCGCGCCCCGCAUCUCCUGGCUGCUGCCCGACGGCACCGAGCUGCGCCCGGGCUCGGCGGGCCGCGGCAGGGCGAGGGUGCGAGCGGACGGCACGCUGCUCAUCCGGGCCGUCACCGUCUACGACAGGGGCACCUACACCUGCCGGGCCCGCAACGCCGCGGGCUCCGACGCGCUGCCCCUCCGGCUGCAGGUGGUGGCGGCGCCCCCCGCCAUCCUGGAGGAGAAAAGAGAGAACGUGGCAGGGGCGGCGGGGCAGAGCCUGAGCCUGCCCUGCACGGCGCACGGCGAGCCCGAGCCCGGCGUGCACUGGGUGCUGCCCGGCGGCGCCGCGCUGAGACCCCUGCAGGCGCUGCACGCCAGGCUGGUCCUGCUCGCCAACGGAACCCUGCUCCUGGGCAGCAUCAGCCCCUCCGACAGCGGCACCUACGAGUGCAUCGCCACCAGCUCCACGGGCUCGGACAGGAGGGUGGUCAGCCUCGUGGUGGAGCACAGAGACACACCUCCGACAAUUGCCACCGCCUCCCAGGAACUGACGCGGCUGAACUUUGGGGAGAGGUUGCUUUUGAACUGCACAGCAAAUGGGGAGCCCACACCCAGGAUAAUCUGGAGGUUGCCCUCCAAGGCUCUUGUGGACCAGUGGCACAGAAUGGGAAGUCGGAUCCAUGUCUACCCCAAUGGAUCCUUGGCUAUUGAGGCAGUUACAGAAAAGGAUGCAGGUGAUUACCUGUGCGUCGCAAGGAACAGAAUCGGGGAAGAUCUGAUCCUGAUGAAAGUCAGCAUCACAAUGAAACCAGCCAGGAUUGACCACAAACAGCAGCUGGAGAAGCUGGUGCCAUACGGGAAGGAUUUCAGAGUGGACUGCAAGGCCUCAGGCUCGCCCACCCCAGCAAUAUCCUGGGGCCUGCCGGACGGGACGGUGGUGAACAACGCGAUGCUGGCGGACGACAGCGGGCACAGGGCUCGCAGGUACGUCCUCUUCCACAACGGCACUCUGCACCUCAACAAAGCUGGAGUGGCAGAAGGAGGAGACUACACGUGCUACGCCCAAAACACUCUGGGGAGGGACGAGAUGAAGAUCCACGUCACGGUCGUUGUGGCAGCCCCUCAAAUAAAGCACAAUCACAAGACACACGUCACAGUGACAGCUGGAGACACAGCCCUGCUGGACUGUGAGGCUGCUGGAGAGCCCAGGGCACAGAUAUUCUGGUUGCUGCCCUCCAGUGAGAUGAUCUCCUCGUCCACAGACAGGCACUCCCUGCACGCCAACGGCUCGCUGUCCAUCAGCCAGGCUGGCCUGCUGGAUGCUGGGGAGUACCUGUGUGUGGCUCAGAACCCUGGCGGGGACGACAGCAGGCUGUACAGGCUGGGUGUGGCUGCUAAACCCCCCAUCAUCAAUGGUGUACACGGGAACAAAACGAUCAUGAAGGUGACGGCAGUGAGGCACUCCAAGAAACACAUCGACUGCCGGGCAGAAGGGACACCUCCUCCCCAGAUUAUGUGGAUCAUGCCUGAUAACAUUUUCCUAACAGCCCCAUAUUACGGGAGCAGGAUCGUGGUGCACAAAAAUGGGACACUUGAGAUUCGGAACAUCAGGCCCUCAGACACGGGGGAUUUUACCUGUGUGGCACGUAAUGAUGGGGGAGAGACUGUGCUGGUGGUGCAGAUGGAAGUCACAGAAAUGCUACGGAGACCAAUGUUCAAAAACCCUUUCAAUGAAAAAAUAAUAGCAAAACCUGGGAAACCUAUCACACUGAACUGUUCUGUGGAUGGAAACCCUCCCCCGAAUAUAAGCUGGAUGCUGCCCAACGGCACGUGGUUUUCCAGCAGCAUCAGGACACCCCAGUUUGUCACAGGAAGCAACGGCGCCCUGACCAUCCUGAGCCCCGAGAGCCAGCACGCCGGGCGGUACCGCUGCGCUGCGCGGAACCAGGUGGGCUACAUCGAGAAGCUGAUGGUGCUGGAGGUGGCCCAGAAGCCCAGGAUCCUGACCCGGCCUGCGGGGCUGGUGCGGGGGGUCAGCGGGGAGCCCCUGUCUCUGCACUGCCUGGCCGAGGGCAGCCCCCGGCCCCGCUUGGCGUGGACGCUGCCGGGGGGGCGCGUGCUGGAGCGGCCGCAGCUCAGCGGGAGGCUCCUGCUGCUGGACAACGGCACCCUGGUCAUCGGGGCAGCCUCGCCCCACGACACAGGCAGCUACCUGUGCCGGGCCCACAACGAGGCCGGGGACUCUUCCCUCACCAUCCCUGUCAUGGUCGCAGCCUACGCCCCGCGGAUCAUGGGCAGACCCCCCCCGGCCAUCCACACCAUGCCAGGGGCAGCAGUUCAGCUCCACUGCGUCGUGCUGGGCAUCCCCAAGCCAGAAAUCACCUGGGAGUUACCUGACCAUUCCAUUCUCUCCACAGCUCACCAGGGCCGGGGCUCUGGGGGCGAGCUGCUCCACCCCACGGGAACUCUGCUCCUGCAGAACCCCCAGCCCUCCAGUUCUGGCACGUACAGGUGCACAGCGAGGAACCCUCUGGGCACUGACACUGCAGCCACCUACGUCCAUGUCAUCUGAGCCAGAAACACAGCAGGAAUGGUGGGGAACACAGGCUGCAGCCAGGCUGGGCUCAGCCCUGCAAUGGCUUCAAUCAAAGGCAGCCACAAGAACCUGAGUGCCUGGGCACAUCACAGCAUCCAGUCUGCAGUCACUGGGCAAAAGGAGAGAGGAAAGGGAAAAUUAGCUCUAGCAUUAUUUCCUAGCAUUGGUUCUCUCCAUGUUCAGGGGAUUUAAAGGACAGCAACAUUAAGGCACUUAAGUGCCCAAGCCACAGCAGGAACAAACCCCACAGUGCCCGAGCCAUGGCAGGAACAAACCCCAC